CCGCGCCCUGGCCCGCCGGCAUGGCUGUGCUCCUGGCGGCCGUGCUCGCGUCCUCGCUCUACCUGCAGGCGGCCGCCAACUUCGAUGGGAGGUGGCCCAGGCACAUAGUAUCUUCGAUUGGCCUCUGUCGUUAUGGUGGCAGGAUUGACUGCUGCUGGGGCUGGGCUCGCCAGUCCUGGGGACAGUGUCAACCUUUCUACGUCUUAAGGCAGAGACUGGCAAGGAUAAGGUGCCAGCUCAAAGCUGUGUGUCAACCACAGUGCAAACACGGAGAGUGCAUCGGGCCAAACAAGUGCAAGUGUCAUCCUGGAUUUGCUGGAAAAACCUGCAACCAAGAUGAGCCCUCCUACCCAACUCCUCUUGACCAAGGCAGUGAACAACCUCUUUUCCAACCCCUGGAUCAUCAAGCCACAAGUGCGCCUUCAAGGGAUUUAAACGAGUGUGGCCUGAAGCCGAGGCCCUGUAAGCACAGGUGCAUGAACACUUUGGGCAGUUACAAGUGCUAUUGUCUCAACGGAUACAUGCUUCUGCCAGAUGGGUCCUGCUCAAGUGCCCUAUCAUGUUCCAUGGCAAACUGUCAGUAUGGCUGUGAUGUUGUCAAAGGACAAAUCCGAUGCCAGUGUCCUUCUCCUGGCCUGCAGCUAGCUCCUGAUGGGAGGACCUGUGUGGAUAUUGACGAAUGUGCUACAGGAAGAGUCUCCUGCCCACGGUUUAGGCAGUGUGUCAACACAUUUGGGAGUUACAUCUGCAAGUGUCAUACUGGUUUCGACCUCAUGUACAUUGGAGGCAAAUAUCAAUGUCACGACAUCGACGAAUGCGCCCUCGGGCAGCACCAGUGCAGUGGCUAUGCUCGAUGUUACAACAUGCAUGGGUCCUACAAGUGUAAAUGUAAAGACGGAUACGAGGGUGACGGAUGGAACUGUGUGUAUAUCCCCAAAGUCAUGAUUGAACCUCCAGUUCAUGUGCCAGAGAGAAAUGAUACCAACUUAAAGGGUGAUGGUGGACAUGCUAAUAGGAUUCCUGAUGCUGGAAGUACUAGGUGGCCCCUGAAGACACCAUAUAUCCCCCCUGUCAUUACCAACAGGCCCACUUCUAAGCCAACGACAAGACCUACACCAAAUCCAACGCCACAGCCUACUCCACCACCCCCACCACCCCUCCCAACAGAGCUCAGAACAACUCCACUACCACCAACCCCAGAAAGGCCGUCCACCAGACCGACAACUCUAGCACCAGCUACCAGUACAUCUCCUCAAGUGACUACGGGUGACCACGGGAUACAGACGGAUCCUCAGAAACCCAGAGGAGACGUGUUCAUUCCACGGCAGCCUUCAAAUGACCUGUUUGAAAUAUUUGAAAUCGAAAGAGGAGUCAGCGCGGAUGAUGAAGCAAAGGAUGACCCAGGUAUUCUCAUACACAGUUGUAAUUUUGACCAUGGACUUUGUGGAUGGAUCAGAGAGAAAGACAGCGACUUGCACUGGGAGCCGGUCAGGGACCCAGCAGGUGGACAGUAUCUCACAGUGUCUGCAGCCAAAGCCCCCGGGGGAAAAGCUGCUCGCUUGGUGCUCCCUCUCGGCCACCUCAUGCAUGCAGGGGACCUGUGCCUGUCCUUCAGGCACAAGGUGACUGGGCUGCACUCCGGCACACUGCAGGUGUUUGUGAGGAAACAUGGUGCCCAUGGAGCAGCUCUGUGGGGAAGAAAUGGUGGCCAUGGCUGGAGGCAAACCCAGAUCACCUUGCGAGGGGCUGACGUCAAGAGCGUCAUCUUCAAAGGUGAAAAAAGGCGUGGUCACACAGGGGAGAUUGGAUUGGAUGAUGUGAGCUUGAAAAAAGGUCACUGCUAAGAAGAACACUAGCAGCUCCAGAGCUGGCAGUGAACUGUGUCGUUCUUCCUCUUUUUCCAAUCCUUGCCUUCUCAUGUCCUCCCCCUUAUCAGGCCUAGGGCAAGAGUGGGUCAGGAGGAAGGCUGGUUGGUGAGUCAGGUCUUGGCGGCCUGCUUUUGUGCCAUCCCAGUGAACAGUGACACCCUCCUUGAAGUCCAGGAGCAUCUGGAGACACAUCCCGGCCCCUCUAGGGUGGUACCUUCUACCCUGUAGAUAGCCAGCUAUGGGGGAAGUUUCCACUCGACGCAAAAGGCAUUCUGUGAUCUGUCCAGUGUUGUACCCUGAGUAGUAUUGACUUCGCUUACAGUAUGAUGUACAGCGUGCUUGUGAAACUAGUUGAUCCUCUUCACUUGUGCUGGCCUGACCUCACUCUGACUUGUACUGCCAUACACUUUAUAAUGGAAGGGCGUAUAACAUAUUAAGAUGCAUUUAUUCUUGUAAACUGUGUUUUUCUUUUAAAGAGAGUUAUGUAGGGUGGGCAUGGAAUUCCUUAGUAGUACUGUGUUUGUGUAAAUGUGCUAUUAAUAUAAGUAUUUACGUGUUCCUAAUAUUCACAGACUCUAGUUGCAAGGUCAAAGGCAGCUUAUGAUAGCUUGACUUAAAAAAUACAUAGUGAAAUUGUCAUCCAUGCCAUGAUCUUAUACUGGCAGCAAGAAAACUGGCAGAGGUGUCCGCUGGGGUGGAAGAAUGACUCGAUUUCGAUGUCCUUGAGUUUGACCUUUACAGAAGGAAAUAAACCAUUAAGGGAAGCAAGGGCCUGCAGUUAAUAUAUAAAACCCUUACGUUUUGAGUUAUACUUUAAACCAACAGCUUUCACCACUGUCAGACGGCUUCCCUGGUGAGAAACUUGGUAAAGAUGUGUGGGGAGUGGAAGUGUAUGGGCAGGGCCCAUGGGACAGGCGUUCACAAUGAGCUGUAAGUUGACAGGGUGUCCAUGAGUGUAGCUCGUGGCUGACAUGUUACCCGAGGCUGGGAUGGGAAGUGGGCCUGUGCACCGAGGUGCUGUGUGCAAUGGAAUGAGACACAUGCAGAAGAGGAGGAUGGGAUUGGAAUUCUAAUAUCCACGAAGCCCCAACUGUAGCUCCUCUCUAUCACACCUUUGCUAAAUGAAAAACUCAUAACUUUAAAGCAUCAACUUUCUCCUUACAUCUCUCUCAUUUCUGAUUAAGUAAUCAAAAUAUUUUCUGCUGUUUUUGCCAGGAAACACAGAGAUGAUUAAAGGGUUGGAAAAAAAGAUCUAUGAUGCAAAAGUAAAGGAGCUGGGAUUAUUCAGCCUGGAGAAGAGAAGACUGAGGGGCAAACCAAUGAUGGUUUUCCAGUAUGUGAAGGGUUGGCACCAAGAGCUUGGAGACCAGCUGUUCUCCAUGUGUACUGAGAAUAGGACAAGAGGAAACAGGCUUAGGCUAGGGUGUGAAGGGGCACUUCCUGGCAGGGACAGUUGCUAAGCCAAAUCCUUUACAAAAAAGAAGUGUGAAAACUGUAAUCUCGCUCUGUCAUAUCUAUCUAUCUAUCUAUCUAUCUAUCUAUCUAUCUAUCUAUCUAUCUAUCUAUCUAUCUCCCUCUCUCCCAUCUCCCUCUACCUCUCACCCUCUUUCCUGUUUGCCUUUCUUCCUCUCUAUCUCCUCUCCCCUCCCCCAUUUAAAAAACUACAUUAAAAUUUUACCUAUUUAAUGAAGGUAAAGUACCAAAUUAUGAAUGCUAGAAAAUACUCUGACCCUCACAGUAAUAUAUACCAAUGACUCUUCAGAAAAAAGCGAUUUGGACUAAGCUCUGAACCAGGCAUUCUUCUCUUGACCUAUUGGAAAGAGCACAAAAGGAGAUGUUGAGCUCACUGAAAUGCCUCUCCCUCAACAGCCAACAACAGGAUCAAAACAACGAAUCCCCAAAACCAUUUAUUUUUGAAGAGGUUAUAACAGACAGAUGGUGCAGUAGCUUAAUAAUGUCCUAAUGCGGUGGUGUUAAUGUUUUAUUCCUGGGUAAGGGGGUGAGCCUGUUGUUUGUUCAACGGUUGCUUAUUUGGACUUGUUUUUCAGAGAAAUCCCAUCAAGAAACACGGGUCAGAGAGAUUUUUGUCUGGUGCAUUGUCUCUGCUUUGCCUGGGACAAGUUAACAUGGCUACUGAAUAUGUGUCAACCACAGCACUGUUAGCCCUCUCCCUCACCUUCUCCCAUGGCUCACUUUCUCAGUAGGAGCCUUCCGAUUCCACAAGCUGGUCAUUUGUUUUUUUUAAAAGAGGUCCAAGCGACUUUGACAUUUAACUGAUAAAGGCAGAGUUGGAGCUUCUGACCCGAGUCUUUAACUAAAGCCAGCUAAUAUGUUCUUACAUCCAUGUUUCAUGACUCAGUUCCUUUUUGGUCAUGUAACUACACAGCUGAGGAUGAAAAUAAUUGAGAAUUUCACUUUUAGGUGCCAAUAAGACGUUGCACUACACUGAAGAAGUUAUCCAAAGUACUGUAUAACAUCUUGUUUAUUAUUUAAUGUUUUCUAAAGUGAAAAAUGUUCGUGGUUUUCAAAAUGGCCAAAUAAAAGCAAUCUUUGUAAAUAAAAACACUGUUAAUAAUA